UGUCAAUCUAUGUAUUCACACCACAAUCACAAGAAGUAUUAUGGAUUACACUAGCUGAUUAUGUUUGUGGCUGGCAAAAACUUUUUGGAUAUGAGAUUUUAAUACUAGUGGUAGGCAUAAAAGGAACAAGAACCAAAAUUUAUAUUAAUAACCAUGACUUUAAAUCUGUAUUAUGUCAACCAUUUAUGAAAUAGUCAUGGCCUCAAGAAGGAGGAAAAAAUGAAUGCUCUUCCAGUUAACAAGCACCUGUGGGCAAUUUGUAACAAAUUAGGGAUUAUGUGAAAUCAUCUACUAGUCUCUUUAAUAAAGCAUAUGUCUGGUAUGGUUCCUUGUUUAUUUGCAUAUCUUUGCCACUGUGUUUCAUCCAAGCUUUAUGUGACUCACAAUAAAAAAUAAAGGCAGUUUGAGUGAAUAAAUAAUAUUUAUCUGUGUGUCUAGAUCUGAUGGUAAGGAAAAAUGUGGUUUCAAUGCAUUUUAGUAAUAAUAUUGGAAGGACUGUAGAAGCAGGAAAACGAGAAAAGUAAGACAAAAUAUCUUUAUAAAAUACACAACAAGCUUGGAAAGACAUGUUUUGUUUGUAAGAAUGAACUUUCACAUAAUAUGUAUUUCCCCAAAUACAAGUAUCAAGAGCUUAUCAAUGAGAAGGCUAUUCUAUAAUUGUGAAUUGUUAUAUUAAAUAAAUGAUCAAUGGGUUUCACAGAGCAAUUUAUUCCAUUCAAAUUACAAUCACUUGUAAUCAAUGAAAUAUCCCUUAUUUCUUGUUUAGAGGGGAUUCUGCCACUCCUUAAUCCUGAUACCGAGAAGGCCUUCUGGAGAGAAACCAUACAUCUAACGUGGUUGUGAGAAGAUAGGAUUCUCACUUCCUUUCUGCGGAUGUCCCAGCCAAGCCAUAUUUGGUCCCAGAGAGAGAGGUCUCCAUGUAGUAGAAUUGUAACUUCUCUACCACCUGCUUCAUCUUCAGACAGUGAUUCUGGCUGUGCCCUGGAAGAUUAUCCAGGUCCAACCACUGAAUUUCCUCCAUCAGAUCCAGUAAGAUGCUUUCAGGUAUUACAAAGCAGUAGCUCAUUUUCAUCAGCUGUGGUACCUGCUGCUAUUCACAAUCAGCUCCGUAUUAAAAUUCUCCUCUACCAGCUGCCUCCACAAGACUGUGAUGAGAGAUAUUGUCCAUUCAUCGGUGAAGAGGAAAGAAAGCAACUCCGUACCUUUGCUGCAUGGCGGCGACAGGAAUCGCUGGGACAGGGAGUUUUACGUCAUCUGCCUUUCACAGCUCAAGAGUACCUAUGCAGAAAUUGUGAUAUGAAUAUAAUCAGAGGAGACCAAGGUGUAUUUGCCUCUAAGCUGGGCGAACAGUGCUGGUGGCAUCCUACCUGCUUUGUCUGCCACAUUUGCCAGCAACCACUCAUAGAUCUAAUUUACUUCCAUCGAGAUGAGAAGAUUUUUUGUGGUCGGCACCAUGCAGAAUUUUUCCGCCCUCGCUGUGCUUCAUGUGAUCAGCUGAUAUUCACCUCCGAGUGCGUGGAGGCAGAAGGCAUGCGCUGGCAUGAAGAACACUUUUGCUGUCUCGAGUGUGACUUGCCCCUGAGCAUUCAGCAAUAUGUGAUGAAGGGUGGACAACCCUGCUGUUGUGCUUGCUUUGAGAGUCUUUAUGCAGAUAUCUGUCAAGCCUGUGGAGAGAUUGUUGGUGUCAACAGUAAACAGAUCGUACUACAAGGUCAACACUGGCACAGCAAAGACUCGUGUUUCUGUUGCAGCCUUUGCCGUAAAGCACUGCUGGGUCAGCCCAUCACCAUUCACAAUGGUCUUCUCUUCUGCUCUGAGGCCUGUAGUUUGGAAAAGGAAUCAGCUUUGUCUUCCAGUGGCUCGGAUUCCUCUGACUCUGCUUUCAUCUCUGCCCCAUCCCCGGACUCCACCCCAAUUUCAAGAGCUAGAAACAGCAGCCCUGACGGCUCCUCUGAAACUACAAGACCGCAAAGAAAUGGCCGUGAAGAAAGGGCAGGUGCAGUUGUGACUGAAAGGCUUCACUCAUGUGGGAAUUCCUCAGUGUAUGCAGAGUUUAACAGCCAGGAGGAAUCAGUUUCUUUCAGAAAUAGAAUUAUCACCCCACAGCUUCAUAUAUUUGAGUCAUUGACUGUUUCACCUCAAGAGGAUGUACAAAUCUCCAUCUCUCAUCCUAUGGACACAGCUUGGAGCACCACAGUUGUGAGGGAUAAUCGCAACUUGGAAACAUAUUUUCAAGAAACAUCUCAGCCACAAGCGGACUUCCACUUCAAAAGCAGGCACUCUGUAGCCUCACAGGCAUCUGUAUUAAUUAUGGAUUUUCCAGACAGAAUACAUGAAGGCAGCACUGGGGAACAGGAAGCUACUGUGGAACAAGAUGAUUCCAAGUACCUCACUUGCUCAUCCUCAUCCUCUUCUGACUCUGAGCCAGAAGGUUUCUUCUUUGGGAAGCCAAUUCCAAAGCCUGGUUCCAGAUGUGGAACUUUUGCCAACAUGGAGCAGGAAACACUUGGGAAAGGAAUGGGGUGGGCUGCCAGAGCAAGAGUCAACAGCAAACACUGUAGUAUAUCCUAGCAGACAGGCAAUGAUCAGCCAUCUGAAGAAGUAAAGCAAAUGGGGAAGACACAGUAAUGAAAGCAGAUCACCUUCUGCAAUGAAUAAAUUAAAAUUAGUAUCAGAAACCUGCUCAAAGAUGCACGCGUGCAUGCAUAAAUAUUCCAUUCUCUUCCUGCUGCAAGGCUGAUAAUUCUAAGUCCAAAAAGCAGAUUAAAAAAUCAGCAUUUGUUUUAUAAUUUUGGAUGCCAGAUAAUUAUUUCUAACGAGUCAGCACAUUUUUAUUAAAUCAAAGUUAGUUACCAUCUUGGCUAGAAGAAGACCUCUAAACCACUUUUAUUUGGCUCACUCAAGAGUUUAAAAUUAAUUCUUAAAUUUUCUUCAUCACAUAAGAUAGCUGCUGAAGAAAGAAAAAAAAUACUACCUGCUUCUCAGACUAUAAUCUAUAUUACUGUAUUUAGUUUUGAUGAUAUUGGGGAAAAGUUACGGUAUUCAACCUUGGCUCUGACAAGUACCAGGAAUAUUUCAGGUUGACAAGAUGAUUAUUCCAAGUUUGCUCCGAAGAAACAAACCACUUAAUGCUCUUUCACCUGUCAAGGAAACAGGCUUGAUCUUAUACUUGUUUUCUGUACUUAAGAUGUUUUUCCAAAACAUUCUGCUACAGGACUUAUUUUCAUGCUGACUCAGAUUUCCUAUCUCAGCAUCACAUACAGCCUCAUUUGAAUGUCUGCAGCUGACUCCCACACUCCAUCAAGACUGUUAAUUAAACACACACUUGUGGUCGGAACAUUAAGUCAAUGUAACAAACGGGGGCCUCCUAUAGCAGCAGUACUGAUUGGAUGUUGCUUACUAUAUGUUAUUACACAGAUUUGUAUGUUCUGGAAGUUAAUGAAAUAAAAUACAAUUUCUCAAAUAA